AUGAGUUUGAAUGAGUCAGGUCAUUCGGAUGCAUUAAAAAAUGGUGACUCUUCUUUAUGUGCUCUUUCUUUGUAUUCCAUCUUUUCUCGUGAGUAAGAAGAGGUGAUGUGCCCUUAGUCGCUUCGAGCUACAAAGAAAAGCAGGGUAUUUUCACAUGAGUACUUUGUUACGUCGUACGUAGUUUCAAUUUGAUCUAUAAUUUAUCGGCGGUUUUUGUUAUAUGUUGGAGCAGGUUUUUGGUAUUGGUUCAUUGGUUGCAUGAGCUGCUUUUACUUUUUAGAAUUCUUUCUUCUAUCAGUCUUGUGAACCAAAAGAAAAUGGCGAGCGCAGCCAUAGAGGUAACUAGGUCUCUGACGCCCUUAUCAUCGGGCUUGCAACGACUUCAGGCGACUGUAGUGAAAGGGUUUCAACGUGGGUCAAAGAGUCUCGGAUUUCCGACUGCAAAUAUGCGCAUACGGUGGGACGCAGCUACCGAAGACCGAGAAUCUUUGCCUCCGGCGGAGAAGAAAAUGCUUGAAUUUAUGGACACGCAUGAGCCUGGCAUAUACUACGGGUGGUGCCAGGUAAGACACCUAUACAACUCCGUACUAUAAGCAAAAUUGUGUCGGUCGUGUACUAGCCCUCGUUUCAUUUUCGAAAAGCAUAGUAGAACUUACUUUUGACACCCAGCGACAAAAAUUUCAGGUGCGCGGCUUCGCCAGUAACAGGAGCUCGAGUUCGGCAGCGACAGGCAGUAUACCCGAAACGGAGGUGCCAGCAACAGGAGAUGCCAGCGCUGCUGACGGUGAGGCAAAAGUACCUGUGACGAGAGACGUGCUCAAAGCGGCUGUCAGCAUCGGCUGGAAUCCCACGUACAAGGACGUUAAACAGAAGGUAAUUGAGCCAUGGAUACUGCACGACUUCGGCGAAGUCGAGUUCUACGGUGCGGAGUUGCGUCUUGUACUGUGCGGGUAUGUGCGGGGCGAAAUCGAUUUCCAAGGAAACUUUCCGCUUCUCAUAAAAGCCAUCAAAGAAGACGGAGAAUUUUGCGAAACAGCGUUAGAAAAUCACUUCGAUGUGAAAAAUGAUGCCUUUUUCGUUGAACCAUGAUUUGUGAACUACCAAUCAUUUCAAUGAGCUCUCAGUCUCAAGCCUUCAAUUUUUGAAAGAACCGACGAGUAGUUUUUCGCGCGAGGUGCUGUCGUGGGCCACGGCAAGGCAGAAAGGCGAUGGGUAAUGUAGUUAAGAGG